AGCCUGCGGCGCUAUGGUGGGGGCGCGGGGAGGAAGGUUGCCGAUCUUCAAUGCAGGGAAGCAAGACUUGGUCGCUACUCUCCUCCUUCUCCUCUUCCUUGGCAGUGCCCUUCUUGUUCUCCGUGCAAGCCAGCAACACAUGAACGAAGCAGGAGGGAACACAUGGAAGAACCUUGCUGUCAUUGUAGGAAGUAUCCUAUUCUUGGCGCUUGUCUUCGUAGUCUGCAUGAAAGUGAUCUACAAUUAUAUUUGCUGUUUCACAGACGAAUAUGAAGAGAUAGCAUCGAAACAAGAAGAAGAAGUUGCUAUCCUGCGGUCAAAUGCAGACUUGGAGAGUGGUCUGAAAACUCAUCAGCAGCCUGAUGGCAAAGAUUCCGAUGUCAAGCAGAAGGCUGCUCAAGCUCAAGUCGAGAAGUUUGCUGAUUCUCUUCGGGGAGAGGAUGAAAUAGACUGUGGGAUAGAGCUGGAGGGAUCAGUUGAAGACUUUGAGUAUAACGGGGUCAAACAUUCCAGUGGCUGCCUGAGAAUCUCCAAGGUGGAGCCGUAUGGAUGCUGCGAUCGACAGGCUGUCUGUGGGGUAGGCGACAUCCUUGUCACGGUGGAUGGAAAGGAUGUGCAUGGAAUGCACCCAGGAAAAGUUCAAAAGUUGCUCCGAGGCAAGCCGGGCUGCUCGAUAGUGCUGGGGAUGUACACCAAACUAUCUCGUGGGAUCAUCCACAGGUGA